GCCGGUGAGAUGGGUUAUGCAGACACAGUGAGGGAUUUGAGGGGAUUCGCUAUUAAAUUCUACACCGAAGACGGCAUAUGGGAUUUAGUUGGAAAUAAUCUUCCCAUUUUCUUUGUGAAGGACAGUGCCCUCUUUCCUAAUUUCAUUCAUGUACUGAAAAGGAAUCCCAAGACACACAUAAGACCGGAUUAUGACAUGUUCUGGGAUUUCAUAUCCCUUCGUCAGGAAACAACGCAUACAAUCCUGAUGAUGUUUUCAGAUCGUGGUAUACCAGAUAGCUACAGACACAUGCAUGGUUAUGGAGUCAAUACAUUUGCUUUUGUUAAUGCCCACGGCAAAUUUGUCUACUGCAAGUUUCAUUAUUUAACCAAUCAAGGAAUCGCUAAUCUAACUUCAGAGCGAGCGCAACAGAUAGCAGGGGCUGAUCCAGAAUAUUUGAUAAGAGACCUCUACAACGCCAUAGCAACCGGUGACUAUCCAUCCUGGAAUAUGUACAUCCAGAUAAUGACCCCAGAACAAGCUGCUGCCAGUCCUUAUGAUCCCUUUGACGAUACCAAAGUGUGGUUGCAUGCGGAUUAUCCUCUAAUACCAGUUGGAAAAUUUGUUCUGAACAAAAAUCCGAACAGCUAUUUUGCCGAGGUUGAACAGAUUGGAUUCGAUGUUGCACACCUCAUUCCAGGAAUAGAGCCAUCUCCAGAUAGAAUGUUACAGGGCCGGUUAUUCAACUACGGCGAUACUCAUCGAUAUCGGCUGGGCAUCAACAACACCCAAUUACCAGUCAACAGUCCAUUUCGGGUGAGCAACUACCAAAGAGAUGGCCAAAGUACCCUUUCAAGUCAAAGUGGGGCCCCCAACUACCACCCUAAUAGUUUCAAGGGUCCAGAAAACGACAGAAGAGCACGAGCCCUCGCACCUGUUCUUCCCAUCUCCGGAGAUGCUAAAAGAAUUGACAGUGGUCAAGAUGAUAACUUUACCCAAGCCAGACUGUUGUAUGAGGAUGUAUUAACACCUGAUGAAAGGGGCAGACUUAUAAACAACAUAGUUAGUUGGUUGAAGUACGCUAAUACGGUUAUUCAAGACAGGAGUAUCGGCAAUUUUUCAAAGGUUAAUGAGGACUUGGGCAGAAGGAUUAGAGAAGGGCUGAAUACUUACAUUCCACAGCAUGUGAACCUUUAGAGUUAUUCUAUUUUAAUAGAUUUUGUGGUUAUACAUGAUUCGGUUCUUGGAAUAAAUAAACUCAAUAGUAUGAAGAUA